AUUCAGACGAGAUACAUGGAAGCGAGGCACAGUCCACACACAAUGAAUCACGAAUUGCUCAAAGCUGUUGCCACAGGCGACGCAGACCUCUUAGCACAAGUUCUAGGCGUAUGGUCCACAGCAACAGCUGAGCAAGGUGGCGAGAGCUGCCUAGAAGGCGUCACGGCGGAGGGAAGCUCUGCGCUCCAUAUCGCAGCCAGCCGUGGAUACCUAGAGCUCGUCGUGAUGAUCUGUACUCAGGACAUCUCGCUUAUUAAGGCAACGAACAAUCAGCUUGACACGGCUCUCAUUUGUGCGGCGAGGGAUGGGCAUGCCGAUGUGGUUCGUUACCUCAUCGAGCGAGCUUCGACCAUGCCAGAUGAAGCUGGAAAUCCUGUGCUGAGGGCAAAGAAUUUGGACGGGGCGACCGCAAUGCAUGAGGCAGUUAGGAAUGGCCAUGCACUGGUCUUGCAGAAACUGAUGUCAAGGGAUAGUGGGCUGGCUGCUGUGGUUGAUGGUAAAGGCGUGUCUCCACUGUACUUGGCGGUUGUGUCCAACCGGGGUGAUAUGGUUGAAAUCUUGAUUAGAGAAUCUUCCAAUGGUGUGAGAUCGCCAGCAAGCUACAAGGGACCAGAUGCACAAACUGCCUUGCAUGCUGCGGUCUAUGUCAGCAAAGAAAUUAGUGAGUCCCUGCAACGCUGGGAGCCAACACUUGCCAAAGAGGUCGACAGUUAUGGAAGAACUGCCCUUCACUAUGCAGCGUCGGCUGGGAAAAUUGGAGUGGUGAAACUUUUACUGGACAGUUCGCUUGCAUACAUUCGAGAUAAUGAUGGCCUAUUUCCUGUGCACUAUGCUGCUAUAGCAGGCAAGGUCAAUGCUAUCCGCAAGUUGAUGGAAAUAUGCCCGAACUGUGAUGAGUUGCUUGACAAAAAACGGAGGAAUAUUUUACACUGCGCCGUUGAACAUGGAAGGGUUAUGGUGGUGUGGCACAUCCACAGAAACCCAAAGUUUGCAAGGAUGAUGAAUACAAGAGAUGAUGAAGGAAACACACCGCUACAUCUAGCUGUGAAGCAUGGGCAUGAAACGAUCAUGUCCUUUCUUAUGACAGAUAUUAGGGUGAAUCUCAGCAUAACGAACAAUAUGGGAUUAACACCUCUUGAUGUUGCUGUCAAUAAGAAUGACUAUGAUUAUACAUUUUCAUCGUUGGCGAACGCUUAUAUGGCCAUGUGCUUGAGACUCUGUGAAGCUUAUCACAGCCCAUGCUACCAGGCUAGAAAUCAGACAGAUGUGCAACAUAUGGAGGGCAAGGAGGAUGAAGCGAGCAAUUACACCAAUGUGUCCCAGAGCAUUCUGUAUAUCUCUGUACUUAUUGCAGCUGGUUCAUUUGCUGCUGCUUUCACUGUGCCGGGGGAUUACAUUGCAGAAGGUGAGGAUGCUGGAAAGCCGGUAAUUGCUGGAAUGGAUGGUUUCCCCCACUUUGUCUUUGCAAAUAGCUCUGCAUUUUUUUUGUCCACAACUGCCACAUGUAUGCUUGUGCAUGCUAAUCUAACAACUAUGUGCAUGAGAGAUCGCCGCAAAAAGCUUACUCUCUCUGCUGCUAUGGUUUGUACGGCAGUUGUGUUUAUGUUUAUUACAUUUUCGCUUGUAGUAAGGCUAACAUUGGACCCUGCAAACAGCUGGGACGAGUAUAUUGUCAUUUUGGUCACCGCAGUGGUGACUGUAGCAGCAAUCACACGCUUGGUUUUUUGGCCGCUGAUAUGUUUCGCAGCUCCAAUAUGUUGGCGGUCUACAAAGCUAUUACGGGAGAGCAGACGACCCUGGGAGGACAGACUUAAACUACUAGCUAGAGCUAUUAUUGCUGAUGUGGUCAUCAGUUUUCUGAUCGUCUCCCUACCAUCUUUUGUAGUAAGACAGCUUGAAUUUGACAACUGGUUCCGGCGUGUGAUCCAAGGUGAUGCAAAUUUUUCAUACCCUACUUGAGAUUUUGUGGAAUCCUUCUGCAGAUUCUGAAAUCGUUCCCUGAGUAUUGCAUUUCCUUUCUCAGCUAGUGUUGUUCUGUUUCUGUACAACUCCAAUAAGACAAGUUGUAAUUGUAUCUCUGGCCCCUUGACCGUCAAACAUCUUGUCACAGAUUCAGUUUGACAGGUACUUGUAACCGGUUUUGUUUUUCAUGUCAUAUAAAACUGGCUGCUCGUGUUUUGUGCAAAAGAAUGAUUUUGUAGUAUGGACGCAACAUUGUUUUUCCUCCGUAAGGCAGCAAGCUUGAACUUGAGUCUGAUGAUCAGUGCAUACUGAAUCUGAGAGGAAGGCAUUCGAUAGUAAUUUCUCUUUGGAAGACCGAGGACUGUGGUCUGAUCGUCUAACCUCAGUGGC